AUGGGUGCCGCAGUAUCUAGCAGCCGCAAGACUAGGAAGUCUAUCCCAGCUAAGCUGAACGGCAUUGAGAGCACUGAAAAAGCUACUCCUAAAUCUAAAUUGGCCACUCGUCUCUCUACUCCUGUCUCUCGCAAAGACCGCAAGUCUAAGAGUCUUGUCGAAGCUGAGCAAGUGCCCAAGUCGACCCCUCGUGUCAAGCCAGAAUCGACCCCAGCUGUGAAUUCAAUGUCUAAAGCAGACAAAUCCCAAGCCUACAUAACUGCAGACCCAGUUACUCCAGCUGAGCGGACUCCUGUCUCAACCCCGAAUGCCACAGUAACAAGAUCCCGUCGCAGAGACCGCAAGUCUGCCAGAAAGUCCAUGGCAGGUCGCUCGCAACUGGCGAAUGAAUCGUCUCAAACAGAUACUGCGACCAAUACUGAUGCCGAGGAUCGCAAACCAGUCAUUCAGGACUCCGACAAACCUGCUUCUCAGGACUCGGAUAAGGGAAGCUCGGAGCCUCAGCAAGCAACCAAGAGACCGAGCAAUACUGUAACCCUGAGUCUGGGCCGCAAGUCUCUCGAGUCUUUUGUUCAGAAAACUCUCGAGUCCGCCUCCUAUGGCAAUGAAGUCGCUGAUAGCGUUGAGGGGACCCCCGUCCGCGUGUACGAUGAUUCUUAUCAUUUUGAUUAUGAUACGGAUAUGUAUCGCAACAAUUUCGGUCUCGAUGGCCAAAUGGACACACCGGCCUCACCUACAAGCUUCUCCACAACUACCUCCACCGGCGCGCGAAUGUCCGGCCGGACCCGAAAGCCUACUAUCAGGGCAUUAGAGUCCCUCGAAUCAGAGCGGCGUUUCCGCCGACCCCGGGCCCAAACGCCCGGAAAGGCUGAGUCGUCCGCGACCGGGAAACAGAGUGACAAGGCACCCAACGGACAGAAGGAUGCUGAGCAGCCGAAGACAGCGCCAGCAGAAACUACGCAGGUGCCAUCUGCCACCCCACAGCCAGAUGUGGACGCCUUUGCCCGCCGGAUAUUUGAGUUGGCCGCGGCAGCCGUUUCAGACGACUUUGUGCCGGCGCCUGAAGCUGACACCUGGCUCGAGCAGCUGCGAAAAGAGUACCAGGGCAAAGGGGAUACGGAGGUUGCCGCAGUUGCGGCGGUGGUUGAGGGAGAGAGUAGGCCACCCUCGGAUGACCAACCUACUACAGAACAGUGGACUGACGAGGAUGGUUGGACGCACACAGGUCAAAUUAAUCAGUUUGGAGAGGAGUACGUCGUUGUUGGCCCUGAUUUUGAGUGGUACAGGCCCAACAAUACGUACGGGGACAAGCAACUGCCCGAGCCCCCUGUGCGCCUAAGGUCCCUAGAACAGUCCGAGAAGGAUCGUAUUUUCGGCUUUCCACCACGUAUUGGAGAGCGUAACCUGCCUCGUGCAACCAAUUUUCCGUUCAUGAUGGAGGACGUUUAUCACGAACGGGCUAAGAUUAAGGCCCGCGAGGAAGCCCGGCAGAAGGGCAUCACCGUUGACAGGUCGAUGUCAGUCCCUCAGAUUGAGGCACUGAUCGACCGGCACAGCAAGAGCGGCAGCUCGCAAUCGUCUGAGACUCCGGCUCCAGCUCCAGCUUCCGCAAAGAGUUCGAAACCGGACAGGCCCGCUGGGUCCCGGAAGCGACGACGUACGGAGCCCGCUAUCCCAAGCGAGGCGCCCUCAACCAAUGAUUCCACCACAGAGAGUACACAUAAGCCUAAGAGAAGACGCAAGAACACGGUAGGAGCAUCGGCACCGACCCCGACUGAAACAGAGCCUUCAUCCGAAAAGCCCAAGACCCUCAAACUCAAACUCAUCUUCUCGAAACGUGAAUUGCCAGCAACUCCUUCUGCUUCCAACACGACUAACACAUCUGCCAAACCGAAGAAGCGCCCCCAUUCCGAAAUCGAGACAGACGGCGACAACGCCGCCAGCAACGGUCCUUCGAAGAGCCCUAAAACCGCUUCAUCCAAUCCCACGACUACCCCCAGACGCCUCCUCAAGCUCUCGACCCCGAAACAAGGACAGAAGGAGAAGAGCAACGCUGCUCCCACCUCCACCCCCGAAGUCCCCCCUUCCGCUGAUCAGAAUUCGCUUACAACCCCGGGCGGACGUCCUCGUCGUCGCGCAGCAGCAGCAUUGAUGGCCGAGUUUCAGAACCACAAAGAGGAAAGGGCUCGCAGAGCCAACGCGCGCAAGAAAACCAACCCCGAUAAUCCCGAUGAGCCGAAUUCCAGUCAGGCUUCUGGCUCCUCCGCGAAGCAGCACUAG